GUGAUCAACAUGCGUGUCCUCUUCUUGGCUUUUGCAGUGGCGCUCUUGGGAGUGGUCGGUGCGACUUCUCUGUCCAGGACAUACUUGCCGCCUCAGGUGCAGCGCCUGGUGGUGCAACCCCAAGUGAUCUCUGUUCCCAGGGUUGAAGUUCAACCCCAGAUCAUUCAGCGCCAGGUGGUUCAGCCACAAAACACCUAUCUGCCACCUCGGGUGGUGCCACAAGUGCUUCCCGUUCGUCCUGCUCCACAAGUAGUGCAGAUAGCUCGUCCUGCUCCUCAAGUGGUGCAGAUAGCUCGUCCUGCUCCACAAGUGGUACAGCUAGCUCGUCCUGCCCCCCAAGUGAUCUCCGUGGCUGCUCCUCGUAACACCUAUCUGCCACCUCAAGUGAUUAGUCCUGCUCCACAGGUGGUGUCCAUUGCUCGUCCUGCUCCGCAGGUGGUGUCCAUUGCCCGUCCUGCUCCACAGGUGGUGUCCAUUGCUCGUCCUGCUCCACAGAUAGUGUCCAUUGCUCGUCCUGCUCCACAGGUGGUGUCCAUUGCUCGUCCUGCUCCGCAAGUGAUCUCGGUGGCUGCUCCGCGCAAUACUUACCUGCCGCCACAAGUCAUCGCUCCCCGAAACACCUACCUGCCGCCCCAGUAAGAUGCAUCAUCAUCCGAUACAACAUUUCUGAGCAACCACCAACUCAACUGGUUUGUGGUUUAACCCACAACACCAACUAUAUUCUAAUGCUAAUUCUCCA